CAGGUGAGAGAAUGUUGUACCAAUCAAGGUGCAAGGCGGCAAAGGAAACUGCCAAGGCACAUGUGUUGGCUGGUUUGCAAAGGAGCGAAGCAAAUACGCGUGACACAAUUUCCAUUACUCAAUUGAUUACGCCCAACAGGUUCACUACCCGACAAAUCUGAUGCAGUCAGGCCCAAUAUUUUUUAAAGCAUGCAGAAAGUGUAGUAUUUUUGGAGUUAAUGUCGAGGGAUUUGCUCACAAGUUAACUAUUUAAGAGAUGAAGGCAUAACAACUUGGAAAGGUGCCAAUGAAGUAGUUAGCAUGAUCCAUCACUUCUUGGAGAACUAUGGGGUGGGAGAGAAACACUUGAUCAUAAAUGCAGACAAUUGUUGUAGGUAGAAUAAGAACAAUUGUAUGAUUCAAUAUUUAAUGUGGAGGGUCAAUCGAGGGUUACAUACCUAAUUCAUGCUUUCCUUUCUUAUUGCUGGGCACACCAAGUUUUCUGUUAAUUGGUGUUUUGGCCUUUUUAAGCGGGAAUUCAGCUGGACAUGCAUUAGUGAUGACAGAAAGAAGUACCUCUUCAAAGAAGUUAGGCAAUUCUGUAGACAAGGGACAGAGGAACUAGUUUGUCCUGAUCCUGAAAUCUAGAUAAAUUGAUUAAUGUAAAAGGCCAAUAUUAUUUGUUAGUGUCAUUUCGAUGGUACAGAAUAAUGUCUCGUUCUUUUUUAAAAAAAAAUUUGUAUUUAAAAUUGCCAAUAAUAAAAUGUUUACCUUGAUAUCAAAUACAUAUUGUUGAGAUAAUAAAAUACAAGUUGUUGGUUUGAUAAUUUGUGGAAAACUUAUUUUCCAAAGACAGAUCUUACAGUACAGGCCCUGUCUCUU